GACAAACUGAGGUCAAGGCCACAAACCUACAAUACCAGUGCUUGCCAAAAACCGAUCAGCUGCUAGCUGACUGGUGAUAAGCUUCACGGUCCAUUAAUCGAUCGACCCGCGUAUGGUGAAAAUGGGGAAGGCGAACUGCUCGGUUCCUCUCCUCCUUGUGCUUGUGGCCUUACUUUCCUGCUUCUUCCUCGCCCACGCGGCGGUGGCCGGGGCCGGCGGCAACCGCAAGAUGUUCCUGCCAACGGAGGGAUUCGCAGCGGCUGUCGUGUCCGACGAUGGUGGACAGGCGAUGUCGACGACGGUGGGGGAGGUGGCGGUCGGAGGAGACAUGCCUCUAGUGCUCACAGACGACGACGAGAUGUUGGCAAGGAGGAUGAACUUGCAGACAGAGGACUACCCGGGGUCCGGCGCCAACGGCCGCCAUGAUCCACGAAACCCGCAUUAAGAGUUAUAUGUCGUCCUGCAUGUACGAUAAGUGCAUGCAAAUUAACCGCAUGUUUAGUUAUCCCAUAAUCUGUUCACUUUUAACGUGCGUAUGCAGCUGUACAUGUGUGCCUACGCGAU